AUGUCACAAUAUACGCUUGCAUACUUGACAAGUGCUUGGGUAAAGCCCAUUGAUGAGAUCCUUUUACCAUGGCUUUAUAGUAUUCUGGAUGAAAUGAAUGAGAUAAAGAAAGAGAAAUUAAUGAUUACGUUUCUUCAAGUUCAUUGGAGUCCUCAGGAUACUGAUACUAGUAGUACCAAUGACACGAAAACAAAAGUACAGCGACUUCAGCCAAUAUUAUUUCGGUUGCGUUGUAAAGAGCUUCAAGUGACGGAUUUGCCUGCGUGUGUCCUUCUGGAUGCUAAAGGACAAGUACUGACGCAGAAAUUGCUGCAAUCAUUCGAUGAUGAAGUUUGUCAGCUCUAUAAGUCUAACGCAACAUUAACGUCUUUUACUGAUUUUACUUUGUCAUGGAAAGUGUUUAGAGAGCUCUUGGAAAACAACGGGGUCAUAGGGGCUACCUGGGAUAAAUUGCGGCCAUUGUGGCUAUCGAAUAUGACUCUUGUGCAGUCCGCUGCCUUUCAACCGCUCAAAGUUGAUGAUGGGGCCCUUGUAAAGAUGCGUCAAGAGGCUUUAGCGUUGUAUGAAGCGGGAGAAUUUCUGUCAGCAGCGACAAGUUUCGUAAACAUAUUAUUGAUUCGUCCAACAUGUACAAAGUCAAGUUUUAACCUCGCUGUCAUUCUUCAAUCAAUUGGUGAAACGUACUUUGCUGUGUCCAACAUGUUGCGUGUCGUGGCUCUCGACGAUAGUGAUUCCGUCGCGCACACAGUCCUUCGAUCCGUUUAUUAUCCGAAGGAACCCGACCUCGUAGUUGCUGGCUAUCGCUUAAUCCUUUCAGCAAAUCGAGAUGGUCAUGUCCGAGCAACGCACUCGCUCGCAACAUUAGAGGAUGCCAUCACUAUCAGGACUGCUGCCCCUGCUUAUGUCGCAGAGGUCUUCGACGAGCUUGCGGACAGCUUUGAGGAAAAACUGGUGGCACAUCUGGAAUACCACGUACCUUGGCAACUUGUCGAGGCUCUGCAGAUACUAUCGCCAGCCGGAUUCAUAUCCACAGACUCCAAAACGGAGCCCACGUGGGUUGUGGCAGAUGUCGGAUGUGGCACUGGUCUUUGCGGUCGCCUUCUCCGUCCGCAUGUAAAACAUAUUGUUGGGGUGGACAUCUCGCCAUUGAUGAUUGAAAAGACACGUGAGAAGGGUAGUUACGACGAGCUGCAUACCGUAGAUAUUGUACCAUUCCUUGAGUCCUGCGCUAAUGAAUCGCUGGAUCUAGUCAUUUCAGCAGACGUAUGGAUUUAUGUGGGCGCAUUGGAGCAAGUAUUUGAGUUAAGCGCACGCAAGCUUCGUGCCUCCACGGGCUGGAUGGCCUUUUCAAUCGAAUUAUGUAAUCCUAGAGCCACUGACAAUGCAGUUGAAUAUCGGUUGGCUUCAUCUGGCCGAUUUCAACACGCGCACAGUUACAUCGCCUCCCUCGCAAGCUGCUUUGGUUUUACAAUUGCUUUACAGGAAGGCAUUACUGUGCGCAAGGAGAGUGGUGAGCCUAUUCCAGGUCGCAUUUAUCUUCUCCAUCGAGACGGUAGCUCAGCAGAAUGA